UCUACUGCUCAGGUAAAACAUCGCUGAGCGAUGAUCGCUCAGUCUUCUUUGGUCCCCUGCUUUGGUCUUCUCUUUGUUGGCUGAGACGGAACAAAAUAGCAAGUUUAAUUAAUUAAUUAAUAAAGAAUGGGGAGUGGUGAUGAUGAAGCACCUAAUAUCCAGUUUAAAAAGAAAAAGAAGACGAAACCUUUAAGGAAACGCGAAAUUCUCUCAGAUGAUAACGACAGCGAAGGGGAAAAAAUGUCUCUUAGGGAGAAAGUCGAAGAGAUGAAGAUCAUUCAGAAGCUCCGCGAGAGACCGGCUGGUGUCGAUAUCGUUGGGUUGGCUCUCGGAGAAAGCGUUGCAUCUGAUGUCAUAACGUCGGAUCCCUUUAACAUGAAAACUGGAGGAAUGGUAAAUAUGACUGCACUGAAGAAUACAAAACAUAAGCCAAAUGAUGCAUAUGAAACUGGCAUUGGAACACAGUUUAAUGCAGAGACUAAUAAACGUGAUGAAGAUGAAGAAAUGGUUAAAUAUAUAGAGGAAGAAUUGUCAAAGCGCAAAAGUAAAAAUAAUAACGAUGCGGCAAAUAGCGCGAAUAAUGAGAAGGGAUCAUAUUGCUCACCUGAGGAAGCAGCGUUGCGUGCGGUACCAGAACAUUUGAGACAGAGCUCAGCGAAUCGUAGCGAAGAAAUGCUUUCAAAUCAAAUGCUUUCUGGUAUUCCGGAAGUUGACCUUGGCAUAGAAGCUAAAAUUCGUAACAUUGAAGCUACGGAAGAAGCAAAACUGAAACUUCUUUGGGACAGACACAGAAAAAAAGACGGACCUUCGCAGUUUGUUCCAACAAAUAUGGCUGUAAAUUUCGUGCAACACAACAGAUUUAACAUAGAAGAUUCAGAUUUCCAAAAGUCACAACAAGAAUCAGGCAACAAGAAAAAAUACACUACCAAAGAAGACAUUCGUGGAAAACGAAAAGAUAAUGGAGAAAAAGCGACGGACGACUACCACUAUGAGAGAUUUAAAAAGCAAUUUAGACGAUUUUAAAUUAGACUUAUAUGAUUAAUUUAUCGUGUUAUAUUUUUUUGGAUACAUAUAAACGUCGAUUCUUACAUCAGAUGUUGCUUUAAAUUAAUUUUUUAAAAUUGUAAUUAAAAAAAUUAAGGACAAUGUUACAACAAUUUUACUUUCAUUUGCAUACAUUAUUCAUGUCCAUCAAAAGGUGUUCAUAAAAGAUAUGUGUUCCAGUAAGCAUUGAAAUGCAAUACCGAGAACACUCGGUAAUUUUCUCAUAAUUUUUUCAUUAUUUUAAAAAUAGUUGUAAUACAUCUUUAAGAUUAUUUUAGAGUUCUAUUAUAAUACUACCUAAAAGGUUAUCAAGAUUUAAAAACUGCAGAUUUCUUAAAAGUUUAUUCUCUCUUUUCCUAAUCAACGAUAAAAAUGUUGGUUAUGAAUACUCGAAUUUUGGCUCCAAAACUAACAAAGAAAACAAUGUAAAAUGUAGUUUAUAAUGGUUUAAGCAGCGAAAAUAACCCUAUUUGAAUGCAAUUUUAGAUAAAUAACUUUUAAACGACUAAGUAUAGCUUCAAAAGAGAAUUUAUAUACGAAUAUAUUUAUUGAAGUUUCAAUUAUUAGUAUACAUAUCUACAAUGUUAUUUAAUUUGUAAUACUACUUUAUCAAAUUUACAAAUAAAUACUACAGCACGCAAUUUUAUAUGCAAA